AUGGGCAAAUUUUGGGGUAUGACACAGGCGCAGAAGGUUUGGUAUGGAACUCAUAUGCUAGCAGUCGAAGCUGAUGACUGGUGGUUAAAGACUCGUCAGAGAUUGGAAGUUGCUGAUGAAGAGAUCACUUGGAUUGUUUUCCGUAGGGAGUUUCUCAGGAAGUAUUAUCUUGAAGAUGUUUUGGGUAAGAAGGAGAUUGGGUUCCUUGAGCUGAAACAGGAGAAUAUGUCAGUGAGAGAGUAUGCUGCAAGGUUCACUGAGUUGGCUAAGUUCUAUCUGCAUUAUGAUGGAGCAGGUGCUGAGUUUUCAAAGUGCAUCAAGUUUGAGAACGGAUUACGCUCUGAGAUCAAGAAAGCUGUUGGGUAUCAAAAGAUUUUUAUCCUUCUUGAUUUGGUUUAUAGUUGCAGGAUUUAUAAAGAAGAUCAUAAUGCACAUUACAAGCUUGUCAAGGAUAGGAGAGGCAAGCAGAAGCGUAGCAUACCUUACGAUGCUCCAGUUGGAAAGGGAAAAGCAGAAGUGGCUGAUGGCAAGAGAAUUAGUGGGGGAGAAGCUCCUGCUAGCGUCGUUUGUUUCAAUUGCGGGAAACCUGGUCAUAAGAGUAAUGCGUGCAACAUUGAGGUGAAGAAAUGUUUUUGUUGUGGUAAGAUGGGACAUGCUACGUCAGAUUGCAAACAUAAGGAAAUGGUCUGUUUUAACUGCGGUGAAGAGGGUCACAUUGGUAGUCAAUGUCAAAGACCAAAGAAGAGGAAAUCUGGUGGAAAAGUGUUCGCGUUGGCGGGAAGUCAGACUGAGUGUGAGGACGAGCACGUUGGAGAUAAUGUUUUGUUAGUAAUACUCCUUUAA